AUGUUCAAUUUUGGUGGCUCAGGGACCAAUGCUGGCAACACAGCUAACGGCGGAUCGCUGUUUGGUAAUAAGCCGGCUAGUACGUCUGGGGGCUUUUCCAGUGGGAUGAACAGUGGCAACUUAUCAGGUCAACAAUCAGGAUCACUUUUUGGUCAGAAUAACAAUAACCAGCAGCAGAAUCAGAGCUCUGGCGGUCUUUUUGGACAACCAACGUCAGGAACAGCAUCUUCAUCCUCUGGUGGUCUUUUUGGGAACAAACCGGCCGGAGGUUUCAGCAUUGGCCAAAACGCGAACCAACAACAACCGCAGCAGCAGCAGUCCAAUGCCCAGAAACCGGGCCAGUUGGGGGGCUCUCUCUUUGGCAACAGUAAUACCACGCAACCACAAAGCACAGGAAUAGGCUCAGGCGGUCUGUUUGGCAGUAGCCAGCAGCCACAACAACAACAGCAGCAGCAGCCAAAUCCUCCUUCAAGUGGUCUCUUUGGGGGAAGUAAUCAGCAACAAUUUGGUUCAGGGGGGCUUUUUGGAAAGAGCAGUCAGCCUCAAAGUAGCACAACUUCUGGUGGCCUCUUCGGAAACAACCAGCCACAAUCUGGUACGCCUGGCGGUUUAUUCGGCAGCAGUUCCAACACUAACUCUGGCGGUUUGUUUGGCAAUUCCAACAACACCUUUGCCAACAAAAGCUCCACUUCCGGUGGGCUGUUUGGCAAUAACAAUCAACAACAACAGCAGCAACCCCAGGGGACGUCUCUUUUCGGUAACAAUGGGCCUGUCGCUUCUACUAAACCAUCUUUUGGCUGGUCUCAGUCCUCUAAUUCUCAACCAAUUAGCCAACAGGCAAACCAGCCUCAGCUCCAAGAUCAGCAGUUACAACAGCAAUUGCAAUUCCAGCAGCAACAGAUACAACAGCAGCAACAUUCCAACUUUCCUCAACAGAUUCAAGAACAGAUAAUGAAGUGCAAAGACUCCUGGGAUCCCCGAUCUUCAAGAAGCAAGCUCAAAACAUUCUUCUAUAACAAGGUGAACGAAACAGAGGCAAUGCUGUAUAACAAGCCUUCCGAAAUAUCUCAGGAAGAUUGGGAUGAAGCGUUAUUACAAAAGCCAUCAGCGAGCGUAAUACCCGUCCAAGCUUUCGGUUUCGACGAUUUAAACGAAAGAAACAAGCUACAAAGAGAAAAUGUCGCCCAAGCUCGUCUAAUUUUGAAUCAGGUACUCGAAAAGCUGAUCCAACUUUCUCAAAAACACGAUUUGGAGACGGCUUCCAGGAUACUGAAGGCCCAGAGUAGAAACGUGAAAAUUCAACAGAGGAUAAUUAAGCUUGGCUCGCAGCUGGCCAUCCUGAAAAGCAAAGGUUUGCCGCUAUCAGUUGGUGAAGAAAAAAUGUGGCUCGAAUACGAAAAGCUGCUGAAGCGUAGCAAUGAUCCUGCUGGUCUUGGUAAAAAUAAUGAACUUUGGGCAAGGCUGUCUGUGUUGAAGGAACGGUCAAAGACUAUUUCGGAUCAACUAGACAGCACUUUAGUUGUCAUAAGUGAAAACAAUGGCUCAGACGUGCAGCCCAAGAGGUCUGGAAAAUACGAGGAUAGAAGGGUAGACGAAGAACUAGAAACCAGGGUUAACAAGAUUGCUGAAAUCUUGAGUAAUCAGCAACGUGGGCUUUGUUAUUUACAAGAUGUUCUUGAAAAAGACGAGAAACUCGUCGACAAAUAUGUAAGUCAACGGUCUGCCUAA